AAGUUGGUGAUUGCUUGCUCGUACACAGAAGCGAGUCGGGGGAAGCGGUGUUCAAUGAGUCCCUAUGCUGUACACGCAAACCUGACGUGUCCCCGAAUAAAAUACCGCCUCCUCCGCUAAACAGAACUGCUUGUUUGGUUUUCGCCAAGAAAAGAAGUACAUAAACACUCAUGAUAAACACCAUGGAAUGUGCCAUGGAUGCACAAAACCUAAUUUCGAUUUCUUUACGGAAAAUCCACAACUCCAGGACGCAGAGAGGAGGCAUAAAGCUGCACAAGAACCUCCUGGUUUCGUAUGUGCUGAGGAACGCCAAACAGCUUUACAUGAACGAGAAAUACGCGGAGAUCUACAGGAUGCAGCAGUACGAGGAGGUGAUGACCGUCUGCAACGAAAUCCAGGAGCUGAACCCACUCGAAUUAGCCGAAGACAUCGUGGAGGCGAGCGGGGACUGCUGCAGCCAGGGCGCGGGGAGCCCCCUUAUCAUGGAACCGGCGAGCGUGUGCUGCGCGCUGCCUGCAAGCAACCACCCGGCUCACACGCCGCACCAACAGCAGCAGCUCCAGGCUACAGCUGCCUGCUCCGCCGCCGGCUUGGCGCUCCAGAGCGAGGAGGUCUGUAAAGAAACUAACUCUGCUUUUUUCCGGAGCUGUUGCGCGGAAGCCUACCCUGUGACGGACUGCGAUUUUUCCUCGCUGAGCGCUGUGCACUGCAACAAAACGACGGUGUUGGACUUGGAUACGCACGUAGUGACCACUGUGGAAAGCGGGUGUCUCCACCAGGACUGCUGCGCUGUGCAGUGCCAGGGCGCACAGGCACCGGCCAAGAAGCGCAAGUUUGAUUUCGGGUGUUACGCGGCCGAAUCGGAGGAGGUUCCGGAUUUUACGCCGUGCAAGAGAGCGAGGUUCGAAGACUUUUACUGCCCUCAUUCGGAGCAGCUGGACACUUCUAACAUUUCCAAUUUGAUCUCGAUUUUCGGCUCCGGGUUUACGGGGCUGGUGAGCAGGCAGGCGGACUCUGAGUUCUCUUUGAACGGGCAGUUCUGUAGCAAACAAACGCUCGCCAGUCUCGGAGCGUGGACUCGGGCCAUCGUGGCUUUUUAAUCGUGCUGUAAAUCAGAAAACAAUAUAUAUAUAUUAUACUUUAUGAAUUGUACAGAGUUUUAAAACAAAUGGACUUUAUUUUUGCUAUAAAGCACCUAUUUAAAAUACGAAGCAGAUUUCCAUUGUUAAAAUGGUCGAGGGGAAUGCUUUUAACAUGAUGUGCAGGUUUAUUAAUUGUAUUUUUUUUAAACAGACCUUUUUAAACCUUUUAAAUGUGUGUUGUGAAUAUUAUCUCACGGAGUUAAUUUCGCUGCCUUAAUUAAUCUUAGCAGCGUUGCUAAACAAACCCACAUUUGAAAGUGUUUUUGUUGUCCAUGUGUGGGGGUGCACGGGUUUCAUAGCGCUGGCACAUUUUGAUGCGUCUGUUUUGUUGUUUUCUUUAAGCAAAUCCUGUGGCUAAUUUAAAUGUCGGCAUACACAAACAUGGUUUUAUUCCGAAAAAAAUUUGACAUGGAUGAAUUACAAAGAGAAAUCAUUUCACCUUUUCUUUUACGGGGUCUGUCUAGCCCAGCAAAUUUGUUACCCCGCCACAUUGUAAGACGGUGGCUAUUUUAAACUAAAAGACUCGUUUUCUCAAGUUUCUUUACUUUGAGUUUCAGGUAUCGUUGAUUAGGCUUAAAUAAGACAUUUGUGGAAAAAAUAAAUAAAUAAUUUGACACAAUUUAUAAGCAAUGGGAGAAAAAAAAGAACCGCAAUCACUUUUUAGAUGUAAUCUGAAUUGGUGUUUCCGUUUUAUCUUUUAUUAUCGAUAUAUUUGUGAAUCGGUGGUACUGUACUGGGGAAAAAUGUACUCCAUGGUCCUGUGGUCGGUUUUGUAGUCCACUGUUGUUUAUCUUCCCAUCAGAUUAAUUUGAAUGAAGCAAUUAAUUAAACUACAGCUCCCAUAGUACACUGCACGUAUCACUUUAAUCAAACUUGCAGGUAUAAGGCAGUCUGGUUCAAAUUGUUUAUCAGGAAUGAAGAGUUUACCUGUUCUAGUUUUAGCCUUCAUAGACAUUUAUGAUGCCAGUUGUGCUAGGAUUUGUGUGUGUUUUUUUGUUUUUUUUAUAAAUAUUGGACCUUUUGUUGUAAAAAGGCAAGUCUUUCCAUUCUGCCAUGCAUCCCUUCACAUUUUAUAUAAGCACUAUGUGUAUUAAAAUAUCUUUUAAUAAAAAAUUGAAAAAACGUUUCCAAACGUUUUUUUGUCCCCCCCCCCCCCCCCCCCCCAUAUUUUUGUUGGUAAACUUGUAUUUUUGUGCAUAUUUAAUUGUAUAUCACCGGGUAAAACUGUUUGAAAUACUUGUUCUAAAUUUAUAAUCUUAAUUAAAAAAAAAAAAGAAAAAAAA